CAUCAUUGUGUGUGAGUCAGAAAUGCAGUAGUGAUGUCCGCAGGAUCCGUCGCCGAUAAAAGCACCCCUAAUUCCCGCUUGUACUCAGAGCUGUAGAUCGUUCCUCCGACGUCAAGCGAGCGCCAUGGACUUCAGUAUACGGAACCUGAAGGGGUUCGCGUCCGACGCGGCCACUGCACUCACCCGAGCUGUACAGUACACGGAAGAACGGCUGGGUACGGCUGGCCGUACGGAACUGGAUGCGCACUUCGAAAGCCUCGCACAAAGAUCUGACGAUACCAAACACUGGACUGAAAGACUGGUUUCUAAAGCGGAGGCAGUCCUUGAGCCCAACCCGAACGUCCGAGUGGAGGACUAUCUCUUCGAUAAGUUGGAGAAGAAACGCGAACGACUCAACAAUCUUGAAGCCCUGGGACAAGAUAUGAUGGGCGCUGGAGCCGCGUUCGGCCCAGGAACACCUUACGGGAGUGCAUUGAUGAAGGUCGGCCAGACGGAGAAGAAUCUGGGCUCGGCUGAACGAGAUUUCGGUCGAAGUGUGCACACGCACUUCUUGCAGCCGCUGAGACGCUUUUUGGAGGGAGACAUGAAAACAAUUUUGAAAGAGCGUCGGAUACUCGAGAACAAACGGCUGGAUCUCGAUGCCGCCAAGAAUCGACUCCGGAAGGCUCGAUCUGCUGAUCCUCAAGCGAAUGCCCAACAGAUAGAAAAGGAGAUUCAUCAGGCCGAGAAGGAAGUUCAGCUUUGUCAAGCAGAAUUCGACAAGCAGGCAGAGAUCACCCGGCUCCUUCUAGAAGGGAUUUCCACAACUCACGCGAAUCAUGUGCGGUGUCUCAGCGAUUUCGUCGAAGCUCAGAUGGCGUUCUACGCCCAAUGUCAGAAACACAUGCUGGAACUCCAGAAGGAUUUGCGUGCACUGAACAUGAAUGUGAGCUGUGGUAACGGUUCGGCGGAGGGCGGCAAGGUUUGCGCCUUCCAGAACGUGUUCGAAGGAGGAGUCAGCAGUGCACCCAUUGAGAGACCCAACAAUAACUCGAAUUAUAGGAAGGCGAAAGUCCUGUACGCAUAUGAAGCUUUAGGGAGUACCGAACUCACAGUUCAACAGAACGAGGUGCUUGAUGUAGUCGACGGUCCCCCCGACCUGGAUCCGGACUUCGUCAUGGUGCAGCGUACGGAAACCAAGCAAGCUGGAAAGGUGCCACUGGCCUAUCUCGAGAUUCUUCUCAACUAG